AUGGACCAAAUACCCCCUCCGAAGGAGGUGAAAAUCCUGGAAACGGCCGAAGACAUCCAGGAGCGUCGCCAGGAAGUCUUGACCCGCUACGACAACUUCAAAGCCGACGCCAGGGCAAAGAGAGAAAAGCUCGAGGACUCCCGUCGUUUCCAGUACUUCAAGCGCGACGCCGACGAGCUCGAGUCAUGGAUCUUGGAGAAACUGCAGGCGGCUUCCGACGAAAGCUACAAGGACCCCACCAAUUUGCAGGCAAAGAUCCAAAAACACCAAGCCUUCGAAGCCGAAGUAGCUGCACACAGCAACGCCAUCGUCGUGUUGGACAACACCGGACGAGAAAUGAUCAACCAAAACCACUACGAAAGCGAAACGAUCAGGAAGAGAUUAGAGGAACUGCACAGAUUAUGGGAACAGCUGCUCUCCAAACUAGCCGAGAAAGGCACCAAGCUGCAACAAGCGCUCGUGCUGGUGCAGUUCAUCCGGCACUGCGACGAAGUCAUGUUCUGGAUCAACGAGAAGAGCACGUUCCUCUCCACGGAAGAGUUCGGCCACGACCUGGAGCACGUAGAAGUCCUCCAGCGCAAAUUCGACGAGUUCCAAAAGGACAUGGCCUCCCAAGAAUACCGCGUAACCGAAGUCAACGAGCUGGCCGAUAAACUACUGCAAGACGGCCACCCGGAAAGGGACCAAAUCGUCUUUAGAAAGGAGGAAUUGAACAACGCUUGGCAACGCCUCAAGCAGAUGACACUGAUGAGGCAGGAUAAGCUCUACGGAGCUCACGAAAUACAGCGUUUUAAUCGAGACGCCGACGAAACUGUAGCGUGGAUAGCCGAGAAAGACGUGGUUUUAUCAUCCGACGACUACGGAAGGGACUUGGCCAGCGUGCAAGCUCUUCAACGUAAACACGAAGGCGUGGAAAGAGAUCUGGCCGCGCUGGAAGACAAAGUUUCCACUUUGGGCAAAGAGGCCGACAGAUUAGGCGACAUCCACAACGACCACGGCGACGUUAUCCAAAACAAGCGGGCGGAAAUCGAGGAUUACUGGCACAGUUUGACCGAAAAGGCGAAGGAACGUCGGGAGAAACUCGAAGAAUCCUAUGCUUUGCACCGUUUCCUGGCCGAUUUUCGCGAUUUGGUGUCUUGGAUCAACGACAUGAAGGCGAUCAUAUCCGCCGACGAGUUGGCCAAGGACGUCGCCGGCGCCGAGGCGUUGCUCGAACGCCACCAAGAGCACAGAGGAGAAAUCGACGCCAGAGAGGACAGCUUCAGAACCACCACCGAAGCUGGCCAGCAGCUGUUGGACAAAGGCCAUUACGCCAGCGAUGAGGUCAAAGAGAAGCUGUCUAUGCUCGAUUCCGAUAAGAAAUCGUUGAUUGCUUUGUGGGACGAGAGAAGGAUUUUGUACGAACAGUGCAUGGAUUUGCAGUUGUUCUACAGAGACACUGAACAAGCCGAUACUUGGAUGGCCAAGCAAGAAGCGUUUUUGGCCAACGAAGAUCUCGGGGACUCCUUGGAUUCCGUCGAAGCUCUGAUUAAAAAGCACGAGGAUUUCGAGAAAUCCCUCGCCGCACAGGAGGAGAAAAUCAAGGCGCUCGACGAAUUCGCCACGAAGUUAAUCGACGGCGAACAUUACGCUGCCGAUGAUGUGGCUCAAAGACGCGCCAUGCUUUUGGAACGCCGCAAGGCUUUGAAGGAGAAAUCCAGCAUUCGCAGGGAGACUCUGGAAGACGCCUACAAACUUCAGCAGUUCGAGCGCGAUUGCGACGAAACUAAGGGUUGGAUUAACGAGAAACUGAAAUUCGCCACCGACGAAAGUUACUUAGACCCGACGAACUUGGGUGGAAAAGUGCAGAAACAUCAGAAUUUCGAGCAGGAACUCAACGCUAACAAGUCCAGGAUGGAGGAUAUCACUUCCACUGGACAGGAAUUGAUCGAAGCGGAUCAUUACGCUGCUCCUCGCAUUCAAUCGCGCAUGGAAGAAAUCGUCAAUCUCUGGGAGACCCUAGUGCAAUCCACCGACAAAAAGAACUCGAAAUUGCAGGAAGCCAGCCAACAGCAGCAAUUCAACAGGACCAUCGAGGACAUCGAGCUGUGGCUAUCCGAAAUCGAAGGGCAAUUAAUGUCGGAGGAUUACGGCAAAGAUUUAACGUCGGUGCAGAAUUUGCAGAAGAAACACGCUCUAUUAGAAGCCGACGUGGCCUCGCACCAGGACAGAAUCGAAGGCAUCACGUCUGCCGCUCAUCAGUUCGUCGAAAGGGGACAUUUCGACGCCGAUAACAUCGCUCACAAACAGAAAAUACUGACCGACAGGUACGCGGCUUUGCAAACGCCAAUGGCGGUGAGGAAGCAAAGAUUGCUGGAUUCGCUGCAAGUACAACAGCUGUUUAGAGACGUCGAAGACGAGGAAGCUUGGAUAAGGGAAAAGGAACCUGUGGCUGCCAGCACGAACAGAGGACGCGAUUUGAUCGGUGUUCAGAAUUUAAUCAAGAAACACCAAGCUGUUUUGGCGGAAAUUAACAAUCACGAAGGUCGCAUCGGGGCCGUCAUCGAUGCCGGUAAACAGAUGAUGGAAGACGAGCACUUCGCAAUGGACGAGAUCAGAAACAGGGUCAACACUCUGAACGAUCACUGGGAAUCGCUGAAGGAAAAAGCGAAUCAACGUAAACAAGACCUGGAGGACUCCCUGCAGGCCCAUCAGUACUACGCCGAUGCCAACGAAGCCGAAUCUUGGAUGAAAGAAAAAGAACCCAUCGUGAGCAACACGGAUUACGGCAAAGACGAGGAUUCAUCGGAGGCCCUCCUCAAGAAACACGAAGCUUUGAUGAGCGAUUUGGCGGCUUUCGGAAACACCAUCGAAGGGUUGAAAGAACAAGCUCGAAGCUGCAGACAACAAGAACCACCGGUUGUGGAUGUUACCGGCAGGGAAACGGUGCAAGCUUUGUACGAUUACACCGAAAAAUCGGCCAGAGAGGUUUCCAUGAAGAAAGGAGAUUUACUGCAUCUGUUAAAUUCCAAUAAUAAAGAUUGGUGGAAGGUCGAAAUACACGAUCGUCAAGGUUUCGUACCGGCCGCGUACGUGAAAAAAGUCGACGCCGGUCUCACCGCAUCCCAACAGAACCUGCUAGACAGCAGUUCCAUCUCCGCCAGACAGAACCAGAUCAACCAGCAGUAUGACAGGCUCCUGCAGCUGGCCAACGAGAGGCGCAACAAACUCGACGAAACCGUCAAGGCUUACGUGUUGGUCAGAGAGGCGGCCGAACUGGCCGGAUGGAUCAAAGAUAAGGAAAUGCACGCGCAAGUGCAGGACGUCGGCGAAGACCUAGAGCAAGUGGAGGUGCUGCAGAAGAAAUUCGACGAUUUCCAGACCGAUUUGAAGGCGAACGAGGUGCGCCUGGCCCAAAUGAACGAGGUCGCCAUGCAACUGGUGUCGCUGGGCCAAACGGAGGCGGCGCUGAAGAUCCAAACUCAAAUGCACGAUUUGAACAACAAGUGGACCAGCUUGCAGCAGCUGACCUCCGAGCGGGCCAGUCAGCUGGGCUCCGCUCACGAAGUUCAAAGAUUCCACAGAGACGUAGACGAGACGAUCGAUUGGAUCAACGAGAAAGACGAGGCUUUGAAUAACGACGAUUUAGGUAAAGAUUUGAGAAGCGUGCAAGCGUUGCAGAGGAAACACGAGGGUUUGGAGAGAGACCUAGCUGCUUUGGGAGAUAAAAUAAAGCAAUUGGACGAUACGGCGAACCGUCUGGUACAAACUCACCCGGAGUCCGCCGAACAGACCAGGAUCAAGCAGGAGGAAAUCACGAAGCUGUGGACGCAAUUGACGGCUAAAGCGAACAGUCGCAAGGAGAAGCUGCUCGAUUCGUACGAUCUGCAGAGGUUCCUCAACGAUCACCGGGAUCUUCUGGCUUGGAUCAAUUCCAUGUUGGGAUUGGUCAGUUCGGAGGAAUUGGCCAACGAUGUGACCGGCGCCGAGGCGCUCAUCGAACGUCACCAGAACUACAAGGCAGAAAUAGAUGCAAUGUAUGGCGUUCGUGCUCCUCAGGAACAUCGCACUGAAAUCGACGCCCGAGCCGGCACGUUCCACGCUCUGGAACAAUUCGGCCAGCAAUUGCUGAAUUCCAAUCACUACGCCAGCCCGGAGAUCCAGGAGAAACUGGAACAACUCAACGCCGCUCGAGCCGAUUUGGAACGCGCCUGGAUCGACAGACGGCUGCAAUUAGACCAAAACCUGGAGCUCAAUCUCUUCUACAGGGACUGCGAACAGGCCGAGAACUGGAUGUCCGACAGGGAGGCCUUCCUCGCCUCCGACGACGUCGACAGCAACGGGGACAACGUGGAAGCUUUGAUCAAAAAACACGAAGAUUUCGACAAAGCCAUCAACGCUCACGAGGAAAAAAUCGCCGCGUUGCAAAUGCUCGCCGAUCAGCUCAUCGAACGGGAGCAUUACGCUUCGAAACCCAUCGACGACAAACGAAACCAAGUUUUGGACCGAUGGCGCCACCUCAAAGACGCCCUAAUCGAGAAACGAUCGAAGCUAGGCGAGAGCCAAACGCUGCAGCAAUUCUCCCGGGACGCCGACGAAAUCGAAAACUGGAUAGCCGAGAAGCUGCAACUGGCCACCGAGGAGAGCUACAAGGACCCGGCCAACAUCCAAUCGAAGCACCAAAAGCACCAGGCGUUCGAGGCCGAAUUGGCCGCCAACGCCGAUCGCAUCCAGGCGGUGUUAGCCAACGGCGCCAACUUGAUCAACAAACACCAAUGCGCCGGUUCGGAGGAGGCCGUGCAGAAACGGUUGGAGUCCAUCGCCGAUCAGUGGGAGUUUUUGACGCAGAAAACCACCGAGAAAUCGCUGAAGCUCAAGGAGGCCAACAAGCAGAGGACCUUCAUCGCGGCCGUCAAGGAUCUGGACUUUUGGCUGGGCGAGGUCGAGAGUUUGCUCACCAGCGAGGACGCCGGUAAAGAUUUGACGUCCGUGCAGAAUUUGAUCAAGAAACACCAAUUGGUCGAGGCCGAUAUUCAGCACCACGACGACAGGAUCAAAGAUAUGAACGAUCAAGCCGAUUCUUUGAUAAAAAGCGGCCAAUUCGACACCGCCUCCAUUCAAGAGAAACGCGAUUCCAUCAAUUCGAGAUACGAACGCAUCAAAAACCUCGCAGCACACCGACAAGCCAGGCUCAACGAAGCCAACACUCUGCACCAGUUCUUCAGAGACAUCGCCGACGAGGAAUCUUGGAUCAAGGAAAAGAAGCUCCUGGUGGGCUCCGACGAUUACGGACGCGACUUGACGGGCGUGCAAAACCUGAAGAAGAAACACAAGCGGCUCGAGGCGGAAUUGGCCUCGCACGAACCAGCCAUUCAGGCCGUCCAAGAAGCCGGAGAGAAGCUGAUGGACGUUUCGAACUUGGGCGUGCCGGAGAUCGAGCAGCGCCUCAAGGCUUUGAACCAAGCCUGGGCGGAAUUGAAGCAACUGGCCGCCACCAGGGGCCAAAAACUCGACGAGUCGUUGACCUACCAACAAUUCCUGGCGAAAGUCGAAGAAGAGGAGGCCUGGAUCAGCGAAAAGCAACAGCUGUUGGGCGUCGAGGACUACGGAGACACGAUGGCGGCCGUGCAGGGGUUGCUGAAGAAGCACGACGCUUUCGAGACGGAUUUCCAGGCGCACCGGGACCGGUGCAGGGACAUCGGCGACGACGGGCAGCGGCUCGUCGCCGAAGGCAACCAUCACUCCGACAGCAUCAACCAGCGGUGCCAGCAAUUGCAAACUAAGCUCGACCAUUUGGCCGCCCUGGCCGGUCGCCGCAAAGCCAAGCUGGUCGACAAUUCCGCCUAUUUGCAAUUCAUGUGGAAGGCGGACGUCGUGGAGAGUUGGAUAGCCGACAAGGAGAGCCACGUGAAGAGCGAGGAAUUCGGCAGGGAUUUAUCUUCGGUGCAAACGUUGCUCACCAAACAGGAGACUUUCGAUGCCGGUCUUACUGCUUUCGAGCACGAAGGUAUCCAAAACAUCACUGCCCUUAAAGAUCAAUUGAUUUCUUCCAAUCACGAUCAAACCCAAGCCAUCAUCACCAGACACCAAGCGGUUAUUGCAAGAUGGCAGAAACUUUUGAGCGAUUCGGACGCGCGCAAACAACGCCUUCUGCGCAUGCAGGAACAAUUCAAGGAAAUCGAAGAGCUCUUCCUCAUGUUCGCCAAGCGGGCGUCCGCCUUCAACUCCUGGUUCGAAAACGCCGAAGAGGAUCUCACCGAUCCCGUGCGUUGCAAUUCUAUCGAGGAAAUUCGCGCGCUCAAAGAAGCCCACGCGCAAUUCCAAGCUUCCCUUUCGAGCGCCCAGGCCGAUUUCGAGGCUUUGGCGGCGUUGGACAAGCAGAUCAAGAUGUUCAACGUGGGACCGAACCCGUACACGUGGUUCAACAUGGAGGCUUUGGAGGAAACGUGGAGGAAUUUGCAGAAGAUCAUCGCCGAACGGGACGUGGAGUUGAACAAGGAGGCGCAACGGCAGGAGGAGAACGACAAGUUGCGAAAGGAAUUCGCCAAGCACGCUAACGCUUUCCACCAGUGGUUGACGGAGACACGUACCUCCAUGAUGGAGGGCUCGGGGUCUCUGGAACAACAACUCGACGCGACCAAGCGAAAAGCGACGGAAGUACGCGCGCGAAGAUCGGACUUGAAGAAGAUCGAAGACCUGGGCGCCAUCCUCGAGGAGCACCUCAUAUUGGACAACAGAUACACCGAGCACUCGACGGUCGGUCUGGCCCAGCAAUGGGACCAACUCGACCAGUUGGGUAUGAGAAUGCAACACAACUUGGAGCAACAAAUCCAAGCCAGAAAUCAAUCCGGUGUCAGCGAGGACGCUUUGAAGGAAUUCUCGAUGAUGUUCAAACACUUCGACAAGGAGAAAUCGGGGAAACUCAACCACCAGGAGUUCAAGAGUUGCUUGAGGGCGUUGGGUUACGAUCUGCCUAUGGUGGAGGAAGGGCAGCCGGAUCCAGAGUUCGAUGCGAUCCUAGACGUGGUGGAUCCUAACAGAGACGGGCACGUAUCCUUGCAGGAGUACAUGGCGUUUAUGAUCAGCAAGGAAACCGAAAACGUGCAAAGCUCGGAGGAAAUCGAAAAGGCGUUCCGAGCUAUCACGGCAGGAGAUCGUCCUUACGUGACUAAGGAGGAAUUAUAUGCGAACCUUACGAAAGAAAUGGCGGAUUAUUGCGUGGCGAGGAUGAAGCCUUACGUAGAACCGAAAACGGAACGUCCCAUCCAGGGAGCUUUGGAUUACAUAGAUUUUACACGCACACUGUUUCAGAAUUAAUUAAAUUAGUGUAGCUUUCGAACGCUUUUUGCUAAAUGUUAUUUGGAGAGGUUUAUAGUAGAGUAUACGCAAUAAAAUGUUUAUUAAUUGAAAUAUAUAUUCCGAAUUUUAUGUAUUUAUUGAAUGGCUUAAUGUAUUCUGACAAUUUUUUUUGUAUCUUUGCUAUUUUGUUAAUUUUACGAAGGUUUAACGAUGUAAGUUUCGUAGUUUAUUAACAAUUUUAUUUUAGUAUUGGAGUAUUUCUCAAGUAUAUAACUUUGCUUCUC